UGAACAAUGUCCGCGGCCUGCAUCGCACUGACCAGCAUGGUCAAGACCACUAGCGCAACGCCGCUCGGAAGUGGCAACAAGAAGAAGACCUCUUCCGCGUCGGUCAACAGUACGACGGAAAGCUUCGAGUCGCAACCGGUGCUGCCACCGGUGUCUUGCGUGUCUCCCGGAUCGGGAACGGCAACUCAUCCCAUGGGCGGUUCGCGCUGUUACCAGUCUUCGCUGAGGAGCUACAAUAAGUGGUCACCAACGGAGCAAGGGGCGACGCUGGUUUGGCGCGAUUUGUGCGUCUACGCGACGGGCCAGAGUGGCGGUGGGCUGUCCGACCGAGGACCGAUCAAACGGAUCAUCAACAACGUGAGUGGAGCGGUUACACCAGGCACGUUGAUCGCGCUGAUGGGUUCCAGCGGAGCGGGCAAGAGUACGAUGAUGUCGGCGCUGGCCUACCGGACGCAACCGGGAACCAUCGUGCAGGGGGAUAUCCUGGUCAACGGACAACCAAUUGGGCCAUACAUGUACCGGUUGUCCGGGUUCGUGCACCAGGACGAUCUGUUCGUAGGAUCGCUGACGGUUAGCGAGCACAUGUACUUCAUGGCAAAGCUCAAGCUCGAUCGUGGUGUGAGUAAAGCUUCCGUUGAACGACUUAUUCAGGAACUGCUGGAGCGAACCGGUCUAGCCAAGUGUGCCGAUACCCGAAUCGGUGAAGUUGGUGAGGGUAAGAUGCUAUCCGGUGGCGAGAAGAAACGUUUGGCGUUCGCAACGGAACUGCUGACCAAGCCAACCAUUCUAUUUUGCGACGAACCGACCACCGGACUCGAUUCGUUCUCCGCGCAAAAUCUGGUUUCUACGCUGCAGUUGCUGGCGAAGCGUGGAACGGCCAUCAUCUGUACUAUCCACCAGCCGUCCAGUCAGCUGUUCUCCAUGUUCGACCAAGUGAUGCUGCUUGCCGACGGCCGUGUAGCCUACGCCGGAAAGCCCAACGAUGCGCUGGGAUUCUUCGAACAGCACGGCUAUAGCUGUCCGUCGAACUACAAUCCAGCCGAGUUCCUCAUAGGAGUGCUUGCUACUGCCCCCGGUUACGAGAAGGCUUCCCAACGAUCGGCCCAUCGACUGUGCGAUCUGUUCGCCGUUAGCGAAGCGGCCGGUCAGCGAGAUGUUCUGAUCAAUCUGGAAAUGCAUAUGGCGGAAACGGGCGACUUCAAAGUAACCGAAGAGUCACAUCUAUCCAGAAGGCCACGCUGGCUGCACACGUUGUAUUGGUUAACGUACCGUUCAUUCCUGACGGUUGUUCGUGAUCCCACAGUGCAAUAUCUGAGACUGCUGCAAAAGAUUGGAAUCGCCCUCAUGGCAGGACUGUGCUUCUCCGGUGCCAUCAACCUGGACCAGCUCGGCGUUCAAGCGAUCCAGGGCAUCCUGUUCAUCUUCGUAUCGGAGAACACCUUCUCGCCGAUGUACUCUGUGCUGUCCGUCUUCCCGGAGACUUUCCCGUUGUUUAUGCGCGAAACCAAAUCCGGCCUGUACCACACCUCCCAGUACUACGUGGCCAACAUGCUCGCCAUGCUGCCCGGGCUGAUUGCCGAACCGUUGAUCUUUGUCAUCGUCGCGUACUGGCUCGCCCAGCUGCGUCCAACGUUCACCGCCUUCCUCGUGACGGUCAUCGCGUCAACCCUGGUCAUGAACGUUUCCACCGCGUGCGGUUGCUUCUUCUCCGCCGCGUUCAACUCCCUCCCGCUGGCGAUGGCCUACCUGGUCCCGUUCGAUUACAUCCUGAUGAUCACCUCCGGUGUGUUCAUCCAGAUCGGCUCGAUGCCGGUAUCGAUCAGCUGGAUGCCGUACAUCUCGUGGAUGCUGUACGCCAACGAGGCGAUGUCGAUCGCACAGUGGGAGGGCGUUACCAACAUCACCUGCUCAACCGAAGACCCAAACCUGCCAUGCAUGCGCACCGGCACGGAAGUGCUCACCCAUUACAGCUUCAACGAGUCGCACUUGGCGCGCAACAUCUGGGCCAUGGUCGCUAUCUACUUUGUGUUCCACGUGCUAGGAUGUUUCUUUUUGUGGCGCAAAACCCGUCACUGAGGAUUAGCUUUUUGUGUUAUUUAAGCAGUUUUUUAAGUAGAUUUAGAAAAUAAAUACAUCCUCAACUU